CUUGACGGGGCUGUGCCGCUGAAACGCGGUGAGUUUUUUGGCGUAUUGCAGAACCAACUUUUGCAGCUCAAAGCCGAUGAUUUUGACGGCGUGGAUGCUUCGCCGCUACCAAGCAGCCAAAAGCGCAGACGUGGACCGGUUCGCCUCACGCAUGCGCUGGAGCAAUCCGAAGACUGGGUGACCGUCAGCGGUGUUCAAAAGCGUCGGCAGCGCUCAUGUAAGGUGUGCUCUCUCCUGCGUACAAAUGGAAAGAAGAAGUCGUUCGCUACCACGUACUUCUGCGAGCGUUGCUCUGUCGACGACGCCAAAUGCUGGCUGUGCAACAAGAUCCGUCGUGAAUACAAGGGUGAGGAAAAGACA